AUCCUGCCCUGGUUCGCUGGGCCUAUGCCAGGACGCAGAACGUCUACCCUACUUUCCGCCCGACACCUAAGACGUCUUUUCUAGGAGCUCUUUUUGCAAUAGGUCCUAUCCUCUUCUGGAUUGCUGUCUUCAAAACUGACAGGGACCGUAAAGAGAAGCUUAUCCAAGAAGGUAAAUACAAGCGACCGUUCAGUGUAUUUUAA